AUGACUUCCAUCCCGAAAUUCACAAGCUUCAAGGCCAAGCCAAAAUCUGCCGCGUCUGAACGCAACGAUGUCGAGCGCAAUGGGAAUGCAGAUAUCUCAAGCGACAGACAGCGCUCAAAUUCAGGCAGGCUGGAGGAAGUUGAUGACCGCCCCGACUUGAGCUGUUCGCCUUCCGACCAGGGAUCUGGUGCCAAGCGACGCCACCGGAGUCCAAGAGCAGACAACGUGUACGGCCCAAGGAGACGCGAAGGCCGUGACUCUGACCGCAGGAAGGACGGCAGUGAGCGUCCCCAUAGAAAUAGACAUUCCCGCCGGGAUCGGCGCGAGCAUGAUCGUCGCCAUGACAAGAAUCACACGCCAGAGGAGUGCGAGGAGUCCGACCUGUUCCUGAUCGACCGUAGAGGUGACGCCAAGAAUGUUGAGUACGGCAGUCUCCAUCGCUAUAGCAUUCCACAGCACAGACGGGUAGGCUUCGGCUUUGUGGUAGGACUGCCUGUUGCCAAGAUUGAUCGCGAAGCCAGCACCGACAAGGAAACUGUGUUCAUUGAUGUGAAUCGGAGCUCGGAAAAGCAGCCACGCGCCCUCACUUCCACGGCUGCUAAAGCACAAGAUGCGAAGCUCCGUCUUGUCGUUCCAGCGGGAGUGAACGCCGAUGGUGAGAAGGAUCGUGAUUUCAUCUGCUUGACGGCACCUCGCAAGAGGAAACGGGAUGCCGACGUGGAGGAAGGCACGGCAUCCGAUGCAGCACGCGAUGAGGAAGACGACCUCCGCGUUCGUCAGCAGACGUCCGUCUUGUCGAAGCAGGCCAAGGCCAGCGCGACUGAUCUCGGUGCCUGGCUCGCUCUUGCUGAGCAUCAAGCGAAACUUGUGCGUCCCCGUGGCUCUCGCGAUGGCGCUUCUUUCUCCGCGUCGGAAAGAAGAGCGCUGGCAGAUCUACGCCUGUCGAUUCUCAAUGAGGCAUCGAAGCAUAUUGUCACAGGCAACGCUGGUCGCGAGGCACUGCUUCUGGCCAUCAUGGAAGAGGGCCGUCACAUUUGGGAUGCCGUCAAACUUGAUGCCAAGUGGCACGAGACACUGAAAGAGUGCAGCUCAAGCAUCCUGCUGUGCACCAAGUAUCUUGACUUUGUCCAGCACGAUUCGGUCUCUUUCCGCUACGAGACGUGCAAGGCUGCCUACAUCCGCUGCCUCCAUCUGCUGCGUGACUCCCAAGCUACGAGUAACGCUCAGCAUCGAGAGGAGCUGGGAACUGCUGCAGUCUAUAUCUUCCUUCGCUUCACAACUUUCCUGAGGGAUGCUGGCUUCGAUGAGUUGGCAAUUGCGAGCUGGCAGGCCAUGUUGGAAUACCACUUAUUUAUGCCUGCAGAACUGGUCAGAGCUACGUCGGAAGACAAAAUUGCCUCUUUCGAGGAGUACUGGGACAGCGAGGUGCCUAGAAUUGGCGAAGAGCAUUCGUCGCUUUGGUGCGAGGCACAUGAAAAACACACGUCUGCGGCUCGCGCAUUGCCGACUGGCCAGACGCACAUGACAGACUCCGUGACCUCUGUAAGCCAUCUUGCAGACGAGGAAGCCAGAUUGCUCGGCCGUCUCGUGCUCCCGGCAACCAUGGACGACGACUCGCUCACCGACCCUUUCCGACAUGUCAUGUUCAGCGACAUUCGUGAGAGCCUUGUGGAUCUGAAUGUAUCGAAAGCAUCUCUCAUCAACGCAUUCCUGACCUUUGCACGCCUACCCAACCUCCCAUCACUCGGACACGACCUCGCACACUUGCGAGAUCCUCAUCUUGCUGCCGCUCCUGCUGCUCUUUUGCGAGCCCCAAAGUGUGCCCAUAAGCUUCGCGCGCGGCUUGAAACGAUCUCAAGUCUCUUCGAAGACGGCUUCGACCAAUUUCAGGCUUUGGUGCAAGAAACCCAUGAUGAAGAUCUGCCUCGAUUUGUCGACCGCGUGCUGGAAUCAUUCGCACAUUUGGUGGACGAUGAUGAGCUUCGCGGCGACGACGACCAUGUAUUGGAGUACCAUCUUGCCUUUAAACGUCAUCUCUUUCCGGACGGAGCUCCAAAGCAUGCAAAACGUCUUCUAAAGGGCAAGCCGUCCAGCUUGCGGCUAUACAAUGCCUAUGCUUUGAUCGAAGCUUCUCUCGGCCGUGCCGAGAAGGCUGAUACGGUAUGGAAGACUGCGCUGCGUAUGAGCGACAAUUUCGAUUCGAAAGAUGACAUGAUCCUUCUCUGGCAUAGCAGGCUUGUGGCUACUGUGCGACGCAAGGAUACCAAGAAAGCAUUGUGCGAUCUUCUGUCCACAUCCAACGACAUCGCGACCGCGGAGAGUAAGGCCCAACAUCUGCAGAUGCGGCGGGAGCUUGAAUCCGGUUUUGACCGCGCUAUGCUUUCGGGUCAUUUCCAGCGCGCUGCUCUAUACGGUGAUCUACUGGCGUGGCUCGCCUAUCUUGCUGGAAACAACGGCGUUACGAAAGCCAUCGCCCUCUAUCGACAUUACGAUGUUGUCUUCACCAAGCAAGACAAUGCAGUCGUCACUCGGGAGCUCAUGCACCAAUUCAAGGCGAGCAUGAUGCACUACCACCUUGACUGUCAGAAGCAAUACAGACCAUCGGCCUUGCGCCACGAAUGCGAGUCGAGCCUGGAACUUUUCCCAAGCAACAGUAUACUGCUAGAUUUGCACCAGCGCCUUCAAACACAAGACCGUUUACGGACUACAUUCGAAGACCAAAAGCACAGUAGCACGAAGCCAACAGUGAUUGAGUGGUCCCACAGACUUAACUCAGAGAUCCAUCGGAAUGAGACGUAUGGGACCACGGGCAAUGUCAUACGAGCAACAUUCUCCAAAGCACUUCUCCACAUGGACAGCAAUGUGAGGCAUUCACCUGCACUGUGGCUGACGUGGUUUAAUUGGGAGCUGGGAAGACUGGAGAGCGAAAGCAAGGCAAAGCAGGUCUUUUUAGAUGGCUUGCGGCAUUUACCCUGGUGCAAAUUCUGGAUUAUCUUGGGCAUGCAGCACCUGCGCGACAGCUGCAGUGAUCGUGAGCUGAGGCAGUGGCAUGGGGUGAUGAUCGAGAGAGGGCUGAGAGCAAGAAUUGAGCUGGAAUGAAUGCAUCUAUCGCGAUGAUCACUGGGACCACAUCACACAACUAUACUCUGCAAAGGGUUGACCACAACACGGAUAAAAGCAUGUUGAAGGAGUCCAGAAAUAAGAGCAUCAGCCUGAUCUUUGUCUUCGGAGAGUCCAAAUGCCGGCAUGCCUUCGAUACAUGCCUGGACGGCUGUGGCAUACUUCCCGCCCAUGGAUUGCUCAACGAGGGCCAUUACGCCUUGCUCUGGAUCUAAAAUCUUGUCCCGAGUGCUCUGGGGUCUAUGGCUCCCCUUGGUCUGAGGAUGUCCAUCCUUCUUCGACAGUUCGGACAAGACUUGGCUGAUGGGCUUCCAGCAAGCCAGCUCGAUGAGUAUGAUCCCGAUAGAGUAUAUAUCAUAUGUCUUUCGGAAUCUAUUGCCGCG